AUGCAGUUCCUCGCCCUCCAGGACCUGCCCUACAUGAACGCCUGCAUCGACGAGGCCCUGCGCAUCUUCCCGCCCGUGCCGACGGGCCUGACACGCACGGUGCCCCGCGGGGGGGACACGGUCGCCGGCGAGUUCCUGCCCGGCGGCACACCGUCUCCGUCUACAGCUGGGCCGCCACCCACUCGCCCCGCAACUGGGCGCGGCCCGACGAUUUUCUGCCCGAGCGGUGGCUCGGCGGCGACGGCGACGGCGACGGGCACAGCGGGGCCGCCGACGGGCCGUCCCCCUUUGCGCGCGACGCCCGGGACGCGAGCCAGGCCUUCUCGCUCGGCCCGCGCGGCUGCAUCGGCAAGCACCUGA